AUGCGCGCGUCCAUUCAGUCGGGUCUGCUGCUGGCAGCCUCCUUGUCGACUUCGGUGGUCGAGGCCGAACGGGUCCUGGGAGCGUACAUCUAUGCCCGUCACGGUGAUCGCACGGCCAAAGUGCUGGGCAACACGCAGCUGACCAAUCUUGGCUACCGGGAGGUCUUCGACGCCGGUUCCUUCUACCAUGACCGUUAUGUGGCCGCUGGAUCUGACAAGCAGAUCGAAGGCAUCAGCCCCGUGAUUGUGAACCCCGCGCAGAUCAGCGCGAGCUCCCCCGCCGACGCUGUUCUGCAGAACUCGGCCACGGGCUUCCUGCAGGGUGUCUAUCCCCCAGCGGGCAGCAGUGCCAAUCAGACCCUGGCCAACGGAACGACGGUCGACUCGCCGCUUCAGGGUUAUCAAUUGAUUCAGAUUGCAGCCACCUCUUCCAGCAACAGCAAUGAGGGACAGACCUGGCUCCAAGGCUCCAGUGAGUGCAACAAGGCGACCGUGAGCAGCAACAACUAUUACGUCUCAACCGCGUAUGAGACGAUGCUGCAAUCCACCAAGAGCUUCUACCAGUCUCUGUCACCCCUGAUCAACUCAACUUUCUCACCGUCGCUGAUGAGCUUCAAGAACGCAUACUCGAUCUUCGAUUAUCUGAAUGUGGGCCGCAUUCACAACUCAUCGGCGGAGGCCUCCGCCAACCAGGCGACCUAUGAUCAAUUGCUCCAGCUUGCCAACAAUCAACAGUAUAAUCUGGCUUACAAUUCCUCUGACCCUGUGCGAGCCAUCGCGGGUGCCGUUCUCGCGGGGGAGAUUCUCUCCAGCUUCAAUGAGACCAUCGCCUCCGGUGGCAAGUCCAAGCUGGCCAUCUCCUUUGGCUCUUAUGGAACGUUCCUGUCCUUCUUCGGCUUGGUGCAGCUGCCCGCUGCCUCGGUUGACUUCACCGGACUCCCCGACUACGCCUCAUCCAUGGCUUUUGAGCUGGUGACCAAUGCCACUGGCACGGGGAUGCCCUCUCAGGAUGAGCUGAGCGUCCGUUUCAUGUUUCACAAUGGCACAUUGACCGAGGGUGCGCAACCCACUGUGUGGCCCCUGUUCGGCCAGACCAAGGAUCUCCUCUCCUGGUCUGAUUUCAAGUCCGGUCUGGAAAAGGUCGCCGUCUCCUCGGAUGCCCAGUGGUGUGAUCUUUGCGGCAACACCGACGGGAAGUGUGCGUCGAGCACGACCAGCAGCGCCCAGGCCACCGCCACCUCCUCCCCCUCCUCCUCCAGCUCUCAUGGCAUGUCUCGCGCCGUCGCUGGUGUGGUAGGCGCCAUGGUGACUCUGGCUGUGAUCCUUGGUCUGGAGGCUCUGUUCUUCUUGGUCGGUGGAUUCCGAAUCUCCAAGCGAAACAAGAACCGUGCCGAGGUCAUUACCGUCAAUGACACGGCCUCUGUGGAAAAGAAGUAA